AUGUCGCAGACUGUUGGAAAGACCCGUCUCGCCUUCUCCCGAACAUGGCACUACGUCGACGUCGGCAGUGACCCUCGCAGUCUGGGUCGACUUGCCUCCUCUAUUGCCCUCACCCUCAUGGGCAAGAACAAGCCCGUCUACGACCCCUCCACCGACUGCGGUGACUAUGUCGUCGCCGUCGGCUGCCACGACCUCCGCGUCACCGGCAAGAAGCGCUUCCAGAAGAAGUACUACACUCACAACACCCGCCCCGGUAGUCUGCGGAGCAUGACUAUGGACAAGAUGUUUGAGAAAUGGGGUGGUGGUGAGGUCCUCCGUCGUGCUGUUCGCGGCAUGUUGCCCAAGAACCGCUUGCGGGAUAAGCGCUUGGCUAGGCUGAAGACUUUCGAAGGUCUCGCCCACCCCUACAAGGAGAAUAUCGUCAAGCUUAACGGACAGUCGGUCAUCGGAAACUUGCCCGAGGUGAAGGAGGCGUUUAAGACGGCCAAGACCGAUGCGUAA